AAGUGUGGCGUGGGGCCCACUCAACUCAUAAGCUUUAUUUCACGCGUGUGUCUUAGGGGUCUUUGUUUUCCUACUACCUUCUAUGAAUUUGCCCUGAUUUAUGGACUUCAACUUAAAUGAAUUCGCCUUGGUUUAUGCGCCAAAAACUUCCGAAUAGCGCCAAGAUGAGCUCAUAUGUUGAUUACCAAGACAAUAAAAUGGAUAGUGAAGAUUUGAACUCGUUAAAUUUCAAUAAACAAAAACUUAAUAAUGGUAGCGGAAUGAACAGUUGUUCUGAUAAAACGAAAGAAAUUGAUCUGGAUAAUAAUCGCGAUGAGCAGCAGUACUUGGACUUGAUAGAAAGAAUAAUAUCCACUGGUGUAGAUCGAUCGGAUCGUACUGGAGUGGGUACUCGAUCAAUUUUUGGUGCUCAAAUGCGCUUUGAUCUCCGCAAUAGUUUUCCAUUAUUAACUACAAAGCGGGUAUUUUGGCGUGCCGUUGCUGAGGAAUUGCUCUGGUUUAUUCACGGUAAUACUGAUGCAAAAAUACUUCAAGAAAAAAAUAUACAUAUAUGGGAUGGAAACAGCAAUCGAGAGUUCCUUGACAAAUGUGGUUUCACCAGUCGUGAAGAAGGCGAUUUGGGGCCUGUUUACGGUUUUCAGUGGCGUCAUUUUGGUGCCAAAUACCGUACUUGUAAGGAAAAUUACAAGGGUGAAGGCAUAGAUCAACUUCAACAAGUAAUUGACACUAUCAAAAACAACCCUAAUGACCGAAGAAUAAUAAUGUCUGCAUGGAAUCCCGUUGAUAUCCCAGAAAUGGCGUUACCACCUUGUCAUUGUCUUGCGCAAUUUUUCGUUGCAAACGGAGAGCUGUCCUGUCAAUUGUACCAACGUAGCGCCGAUAUGGGAUUGGGCGUACCGUUCAACAUUGCUUCGUAUUCUUUACUUACCUACAUGAUUGCACAUAUAACUAAUCUUCGUCCAGGUGACUUCGUGCAUACUCUUGGAGACGCUCAUAUCUACAAAACGCAUAUUGAACCGCUAACAGAACAAAUAACCCGUAAACCUCGUCCGUUUCCUAAAUUGAUUAUAAAGCGUGAACUCAAAUCUAUCGAGGACUUUACUUUUGAUGACUUUGAAAUCAUUGACUAUAAACCAUAUCCGAAAAUAAAUAUGGAAAUGGCAGUUUAGUAUAAAAAAUAAUAUUUGAAUUGAUUACAAAAACACUCACUUGUAUGUAUACAUAUUCAGUAUUCCAAAUUUCAUCCUUCCAAAACCUCAUUUUCCUUGACAUGUAAUUUAUCGUGUGAUGUUUUUUUUAUUCACUAAAGAAAUUUUGUUAAGUUUUAAGCAUUUCAGUCCCUGCCUGUAAUCUACGGUGACUGUUAAAGAACACUAUUGAAUUACAAAUCAAAUUAAAGUAUUUAUAUAUCAAUG